AAUAUGCAAAGAGUUGACAUACAUCGCGAAUGGCAAUCUUUCAUGAUCUGAUGUCUGUGUUGGAUUGUUGACAUACAUUUGUGCAACCGUUUUUUUUUGUGUGUCUCGUUUGUGUAUCGUUAUCGAUAGUGUUUAUUUUACAAUUUGAGUUCGAACGCACUGGAUUUAAGACCUUCGUAGUCGGUAGAUCGUGUGUGUUGUGAGUGUAUUGUUUAUAUUUAAUGCCAAGAAGUGAAUCUUAUUGAGUGUGCAAGUAGCAACAAUAGCAAAAAUGUGCCAAAUAUCACAAAAAUAGCACAUCGAAAUAUUGUGAGCAUUUCAAUUGAAUUAUUCGCCGAAUAGUGAACGAAAAUUUGAGCAACACGAUGAAGUGCUGUAUCUGUCCGAUGCCACUUGUGGCCGCUCUGACGGUGAUAUCGAUUUCCGCCGUUCUGUGCUUCAACUUUGAAACGCGACUUCCCAUCGUCAAAUACGGAAUGACCAACACCUAUUUUGGAUACUCAGUAGCUGCCCAUACCGAAAGGCUGCGCAACGGGGACAAGAAAAGCUGGGUACUGGUCGGUGCACCUCUUGGUCAGAACCUUCAACCGGCAACUAAUCGAUCCGGGGCGCUUUUCAAGUGCCCGAUCACCCAACUGAGCAACGACUGUGAGCAAGUCAAGACAGACGGACGGAGAAAACCUUCUGGUAUUUAUGAAAGUGACGACGAAGAUGACGAUGACCUAGCCCCUCCGGGGUACGAUGAGCUCAAGUCCAACCAAUGGCUGGGCGUUACCGUGAAGUCUGGUGGCAAAGAAAACAAGAUUUUCGUCUGUGCCCAUCGCUACAUGAAGAUCCACGAGCGUAGGAAAGCAACCGAGAACGGACUCCAUCUGGGACAAGGUCUGUGUUACGUUCUGAACAAUGAUUUCUCGUUUGGAUUCGCGGUGGAAGUUUGUCUUGGGCGCUCCAUCGAAAGAGAACACGAGCAGUAUGCGUUCUGUCAGGCCGGCACCUCGGGGAUGGUCCUCGAUGAUGGUACCGCCAUCAUUGGAACACCGGGGGUUAUGACCUGGAAGGGUACCGUGUUCGCGGUCGAAGUUGAUGGCGAGUUCCUGUCUCGAGACAAAACACAGUACUAUGGGCCUCACGAUAAUGCAGACUCUCCUGUGCCCAACUACAGCUAUUUAGGCAUGGCUGUCACAGGUGGCAGAUAUUUCGGGGACUAUAUGUCCUAUGCGGGCGGUGCCCCGCGAUCUCGCGGGAGUGGACAAGUGGUCAUAUUCUCGAACAAAAACAAACGGAAUCCCAUCUUCAAAGAAAAAGAACUACGCGGGGAACAGUUCGGUUCCAGCUUUGGCUACGAACUAUCCACGGCUGACGUGAAUGGUGAUCACAUGCCGGACUUACUAGUGGCCGCUCCCUUCUAUUUCUCUAAGUCCGAAGGAGGUGCUGUUUACGUGUAUCAAAAUGUGAACAAUAAUUUCACCGAGAAUUAUACUACAAAAUUGACGGGGAAACUUGAGUCUCGAUUCGGUUUAGCCAUUGCCAACCUCGGUGACAUUAACAAAGAUGGGUGUGAAGAUAUCGCUAUUGGUGCUCCCUACGAAGGGAAAGGAGUUGUGUACAUAUAUCUAGGAUCGCCGAACGGUCUCUCGAGCAAACCUUCGCAGAUUAUAACAUCCUCUUCGCUUGGACUUAAUGUACCAGCAUUGAACACCUUUGGGAGUUCAUUGUCAGGUGGCGUUGAUCUCGAUAACAAUACAUAUCCGGACCUAGUUAUUGGUGCGUAUGAUUCGGCUGCCGUAACGACACUUUUGGCACGGCCAAUUACCAACAUAAAAACCUCAGUCAUCUCCGAUGAACUUAAAAAUAUUGAUCCAACGAAACCCGGCUGUGCGGCUGAUCCUGGCGCAAAUGCCACAUGCUUCUCCUUUCGAGCUUGCUGUUCGAUAGACCCAUACGAAGAAUCCGGACAUUCCAGCAGCCAAUCGCAGCAUUUGAAUUUGGUUUACACCAUCGAAGCGGAAACCUACAAUAAUCUGAAAAGAUUCUCACGUGUGUAUUUCGGACCGGACGCACGAAAUCGAUCCAACAUUCUUCGCAAACAAAUCCGUGUGAUCACCGAUGGACGCCAGGAAUGUCGGGAGGAAAUAGUGUACAUAAAAGACAACACACGCGACAUUCAAAAUCCGAUUCGAUUCCGAUUGAACUAUACGAUUCUCGAUAAUACUCUGCCGGUUUCCGCGCUGCAUAUGCUGGAUCCCAUCCUGGAUCAGACGCAAGCGGAUAGGACAUUCGAGGCCACAUUCCAGAAAGACUGUGGAAAUGAUGGCAUUUGCCAAUCGAAGGUGGAAGUAAACGCUAGGCUGUCCCUAGAGAAGCAAGAUGAUACCUCAUAUUCGUUGGUGCUGGGACGCGAUCGUGGUAUCCAACUCAAUGUGAGCGUUGUCAACUUGGCUGACUCAGCGUACGAAACCCAUCUGUUUGUGAAACACGAUCCGAGCAUUUCAUACAGUGGAACAAAGAGUCUUUACACAUGCACCCAGUUCAAUGCUACCGUGGUGGAUUGCUCGCUCGGUAAUCCGAUGCGACGAAAUACCGAGGCGAAACUUUCGCUGCGCUUUGAUCCCCAGCGUGUGGACGACCUGGUGUCGAAACUCUCCUUCCAGGUGUUUGUCAACACGACUUCCACGCUACUCGAGGGUACCAAGCAUAGCACAACGCUCGGGGUGAAUGUGAUCAAACGCGCCAAGAUCAGCAUUUCCGGUGCCGCCCAUCCAGAACAAACAUUCUAUGGAGGAGAAGUUAAAGGAGAAAGUGCAAUGGAAACUGUUGAAGACAUUGGCACAGCAGUUCAACAUAUUUAUCAGAUUUACAACGACGGUCCUUGGCGGGCACCAAAGGUGCAGGUUAAUAUUCAAUGGCCACAUCAGGUUGCAAAUGACAAGCCACAAGGAAAAUGGCUUCUCUACCUCAUCGAUACACCCUCUGUGGACGCAACAAAUGGAGGUGAUUGCGUUGUGGAUCCCCACUCGGCAAUCAAUCCACUUGGUCUGAAAAAGACAUCCAUACUGAACGAACUGAUGCAGAUGGAUAGCUACACGCAGAGAGCACACAACAAGUCGUUCACAUUCGCGGUAGAGAAAUCAGAACGGGUAUCGUUUGCUAAGCAAACAUCCUUCUCGUCGUCCGAUGGAACCUUGAAUCGGGUGCGACGUGAUCGGUCAAUGGUCAUCCGCGCAGAAAGACUCACGGAUAAGGACGGCAAACAAACCGACAUCGUGCACAUGGACUGUAAACGAAACACCGCCAAAUGUAUUUCGAUCGUUUGCAAUAUAUACGAUGUGCAACCGAAGGCCCAAGUGCUGAUCAAUGUCACUGCCAGACUGUGGAACUCUACUUUGGUGUCCGACUAUCCAAAGGUGGAUCUAGUGAAGAUAGCAUCGACUGCCAAGAUCAAAGUGUUCGAAGUGCAGCAGGACCAUGCUUUCGACUCGGUGAUGGUCGAAACGCUAGCAUACCCUGAACUGCUUGAUCAAGCGGGUGAUGGAUCUAUACCUAUAUGGAUUAUCAUAAUAGCCAUCGUUGGUGGUCUGCUCGCUCUGGCACUGCUCACUUAUAUCCUCUGGAAGUGUGGCUUCUUCAAAAGACGAAGACCUGAUCCAACGUUGAGUGGCAAUUUGGAGAAAAACAGUGAAAGUAAACCAUUUAUCUCCUAAUCAAUACGGUCUAACACGUGCGAAGUAUACUUAAAAAGUGAUAUGCUUUAAGUUAUAUGCAGAUUGUAAAUUUUUACCAUCCAUUAGUUCGGUAAUGUGAAAUUGUAGUGCUGCUACAGCACCAGUAAACAAUUGUUGGGUCUGGAAUGAUUAUUUGAGACAAGUCAGGAACUGAAAGUCUUCACCUUUUUGAAAAGAAUCAUACUUCUAAUCAUUGAUGUAAGUGCGAAUUGUUCUUCAGCCGAAAACCUUCGCAACCAGGAAAUUGGAACGUCAGAAAAAAAAGAAACACAAAGACUGAAACUAAUUUCCCAAGUGGAUUUCGUCAUGCCACUGUCACACGAAUUACCAACGUGAGUUGUACGUGAAUGCACACUUUAAACUCAUCCGAAUUAUAUCUACCUAAAUCAGGUUUAACCUUCGUAAUCAAGUACGAAGAACGCAAAAUACUGCCUACAUUUUUCUCAUACUUAAUCGAGGAAAGCUUCAUUUCAAAUUACCACAUCUAAACAUUGAGAAAAAAAAGUUACUUUAAAGGUGCAUUACAGGAACUUUGCCCGGUCCAGUUCAGUUCUUCCGUGAAGUCAACAGGUACUUCACAACUAACUGCUAGAAUAGGAUUCAAAUUGUAGUUGAUAGAAAACAGGUUAGCGCAAUAUAGAAUUCGUCAUGAAGAGGGGGAAUAAAACACGAAAAAUGUCUCGAAGAUAGUAUUAUAGAUCAGCAGUCGGUAUCCAGUUGGUUUGAUAAUCACAGAAAUAAAUAAAUAAAAAAUCUUGCCUUUUCAAAGUGCCAUUAAUAUACACUAUGAUGACUGUAACAUUAUUACAAUGACUGUUAACAUAUUGUAAUGUCAAACGAAUUUCAGUGUCAGCAUAGAUUUGGGAAGAAUAUGAAGCGUUUUUAUGUGCUCUGUUUUAAGUGUCUUGGUACUAUACACGUGUAAGAGUUAGCAAUAAAUUUCAUUGUAGUUAUUUAUAACUGAAUUACAUUUUGUUGUACAUUGUAGGAAAAUAUCGUUCAAUGUUUCUUAGACGGUUUUUGAUGUAAGAUUAUUUGUAAAUUUAUGAUUACAACAAUCUAGGAAUAAAAUAAUUAUA